AUGCCGUUCCAACAGCGUACCAAGAAGAAUAACAAUAAGAAAGAUGGACGAAAAAGGACGACGUCCACGGUUUCGACCACACAGGCUGGCCCUGUCGAGACUACCGAGCAAUCCAAGCAAUCACUCAAGACUUCCGAUCCCUCACCCACAGAGCCGGCGAACAAGACCCCCAAUGUCUUCGAGUUCCUCGACGAUAACGAUGAGUCGUCUUCAGAAUCGGAAGAGGAAGGAACGCAAGCCCUCACCAAGAUUCAAUCUCCUAAACCCCGAACAAGUCCCGUGGCACAUGGUUUAUUGAAGUCGAGCGGAGGCCAUAACCCACAAAGUUCCUUUGGCUCAAGAAGUUCGAGUGACUCGCGCCGGUCAUCGGGUACUGCUGCGACUUCGACAUCAGAGAAUCAGUUGCAGCUGGCGCGGAAGUCUACAGCCGCACAAUCAAAGUCCCUCCCAGCCAAGGCCAAUGCAUCGUCGUCCGGCAACCGUCAAUUGGAAAUCACUCGACCAGAAAGUUACUACACACAGGACAUGCAUAGAUCACCCCUGCCGCCGUCUCCACCCAGCAGCCCGGAAGACAGUCUUCACCGCGAUGCGCUCACAAACAGGCGGAGCAGCACCUCCCAAGGACCAUCGGGCUAUGGACUUGUGGCAUCCCAUCUCACCCAGCCCGUCGCGGAGGAGAAAACCGGAUUUCCGCCGCUGUACCGGCGCUUUGAGAACCUGAACCAUCGCGUUUUGCUACAUCUGCAGGACGAGAUCGCACAGAUGGAAGAGGAUCUGCAAUCCCUCGACGAGUACGACGAACUGCAUCGUUCCGCCACCGCCGAGGAGGAAGGUACAAAGGUUAUGCCUGCUUCCCGGCGGAUGGAUGUCAAGCACCAGGUGUACUCGUCCCUGCACUAUCGACGCAUGGACCUAAUGUCUAAUCUGAUACAAAAGACUGAGCAAUACAACAACGCCCUCAGCGCAUACAGCAAAGUCGCACAGACUCUCCCCCGCGCCUCAGAAACCGAUAUCCACAGGUACCGGGCCUGGAUGAAAGAACACAACCCCGUCGCCGCCUCCGAGACCAAGUUCCUGGACCAUGACGCCGACCUCGUCUCGCUGACCCCGCGCCUGGCCGCUUCCGCCGCCGCGGCACCAGUGUAUAUGGCCAUUAUCAUCGGCGCCGGCGCGAUAUUGCUCCCGCUGCUGGCAUUCAGCAUGAUCGCUGAGUUCUCGGGCCGACUCGUCGUCGUGACUGUCGUGGGCGGCGCGGCGGCUGCUAUUGCGGCGAGUUACUCCGCUGGGAUCGAGACGUUGGUUGAUUCGAGGGAUGGCUGGCGGUGUGCGACAUUGUACUUUGGUUUCAUGACUGUCGCAGCCAUGUUUAUCCCCUAA